UGGGACGAGCCGAACCGCCCAAGGAGCUGAGGGGGCGCGACAGGACUACAACCCCCACCGUGCUCCGCGCUGGCGCAUGCGCAGAGUAGCUGGCGCUGGGAGCUCGUCUGCUGCUUUUGCCGCGGCGGGCCGGACUGCGGCACGGCGUUCUCCGCCUGUAUUGUCCCCCUGCCCACGCCCUCGCAGCGGGGCGAGCCGAGGAGCCAGCGCCAUGGGCGGGGAGGAGGAGAUCGUGCGCAUAGCCAAGCGGCUUGACAAGAUGGUGGCCAAGAAAACCGCAGAAGGGGCAAUGGAUUUGUUGAAGGAGCUGAAAAGUAUGCCAAUAACCCUGAACUUGCUGCAGUCGACCCGCAUUGGAAUGUCUGUGAAUGCCCUCCGGAAGCAGAGCACAGAUGAAGAAGUGAUCACACUUGCCAAAUCGCUUAUCAAGGCCUGGAAAAAACUCCUAGAUGCCUCAGAGGAUAAGAGUGAAGAGAAGAAGAAGAAUUCUUCCUUGCCAACUUCCUCUUCAAAGGAGAGCAGCGAUUCAAGAGACCAAAGCCUUGCCAAAAGGCAGGACCCUCCGAAGACCCCCACCACCCCCAAAAUCACCACCUUCCCACCGGUGCCUGUCACGUGUGACACUGUUCGCAACAAGUGCCGUGAAAUGUUGACUUCUGCUCUACAGACAGACAUUUGUUUCUUGACAGAUGACCAUGUUGCCAUUGGUGCUGACUGUGAACAGCUUGCUGCCCAGAUUGAAGAAUUUAUAUACCAAGAUGUCAAGAACACAGACUUAAAGUACAAAAACCGCGUCCGGAGCCGCAUCUCCAAUCUGAAAGACUCCAAGAAUCCUGAUCUCCGAAAGAAUGUCCUGUGUGGAGUGAUCACUGCAGAGCAAAUUGCAGUGAUGACCUCAGAGAUUAUCAGAAAACAGUAGCGUGCCCAGCUCCCGAAUUUGGGUAGGAGGACUGUCCUACCCAGUUAAAGAUGGUGUGAACACCCCUAAAGCGUAACAGAGACCGUCUUUCAGAAGGAAAAGGGUAUUUCAGGAAGAUGACAUGGCUCAGAUGAGAACACCAGAUUUGACAUGCAACAUCAUGGUUUGGAGGGUACUUAAGGUGUUGGACUGACAGUAUAGAUUAUGUGUUAUUCUUCUUGGGUAUUGUGCCUGUUUUGUAGACAGUGGCUGACAUUUUAACUAAAUUUGCUAGAGGAAGUCCUGUUAUUUUAUUUAUUUAUUUAUUUAUCAUAUUUUUAUACCGCCUGAUAUGUAAAUCUCUAGAUGGCAUUGGAAUUUGACUGUCCUUUAGAGUCACUCCUGAGUAGUACUAUUGAGCAGCUUAGUCUGGAUGUCAGCCAGUGUGAAUAUAUCUAAUCGCCAUUGCUGUGGCUCCCUUGUUUUAGAGUUUAGGAAUACAUUUAGGAGUAAAUGGGGAGUGUACAUGCUGUAGGCAUAGCUGCUGCCUCUACACCACAGAGGAAGGGAGGGCUUGCUCCUUGGUGGAAGCCGUGGACACCAGAUUCAUUCAUUCAUUCAUUCAUUCAUUCAUUCAUUCAUUCAUUCAUUCGAUUUCUAUACUGCCCUUCCAAAAAUGGCUCAGGGCGGUUUACACAAAGAGAUCAUCUGGCUAGGCCUAGCAUGGGGAAGAGGUCAAGGGCAGACUGCAGGCCUUCCUAGCCAGGAACUGAAGGUGGACACUGGCAACUGUAUUGGGUAAAAGGAACCUCUUUCUGCUGACUGCAGGAUCCUGUGGCUUAGAUUAGACUGGAGAUCUGGCCAUUAUGGCUGUGGUUAGUGGGAGCUGUAGUCCAACGACAUUUGAGGAACAAAGGUUGUGAAAUUCUGCCAUAGCGGAAGUGCUUCUGGGUCUGCUCACAUCUUGCUCAUGUGCUCUGCCAUUGCUUUAUUUGGAGUGAGACAGUUGGCUGCACUAUCUAAUUUGGUGACAUUGUGGGGCAUUUAAGUCACUUUCAUCAGCCAUGUGGCUAACAUUCUUAUAAUCAUCUAAGCCUAUAAAACAAACAGGU